CCAGCACCACCUCCACCAGGGAAAAAUGCCACGCGUCUCGUUGCUCAUCAUUGCACUUCUUGUACCCCUCACCAUCGGGUUCACCAACUUUGCUGAUGUACCCUGUGGAAGAGGUAGGUGGGGAGCGAGAAAACCGAAGAUCGUGGGAGGAGGUAAUGCUCUUCCUCAGGAAUUUCCUUGGCUGGUCAGCAUCACCAGGUUCGGUGGACACUUCUGCGGAGGGACUGUCAUCAAUUCUAAAUUUAUUCUCACCGCUGCUCACUGCAUCUGCGUAACGACUGGGACAAUACCCGCUCGACAACUGAGGGUAACCCUUGGUGAAUAUAAUUUACGUGAACCAGAGACGCCAGCCUCAGUAGCUACUGGUGUACGUAAUAUCGUUAUACAUCCCGACCACAAGUGUGGCAAGUACGUGGACGACAUCGCAAUACUCGAGUUGGAAUCACCGAUAAGUUGGACGGAUAGUGUACAACCUGCUUGUCUUCCCACGGCACAGGGUGAAAAGGGUUACCAGGAAUUUGGUGGAGUGCAUGCAGUUGCUGCUGGUUGGGGCUGGCUUGGUGAAGACAAAUCAAAACAUAAACGGGCUGAUAUCCUCCAAAAAGUCAACGUCAAUAUUGUUGAGAAUGAGGUGUGCAGGGAGUGGUACGAGAGCGAGGGACAGAGGACCAGGGUUAUACCUCAGCAGAUGUGUGCUGGACAUGAGAAUGGCGGGAGAGAUUCUUGUUGGGCUGAUAGUGGUGGUCCACUGAUGGUCGGAAGCCAUUAUGACGACAGUACCCUAGUUGUCGGGGUUGUCUCCUCUGGAAUAGGAUGCGCCAGACCACGACUUCCGGGUAUCUACACUCGAGUGUCUGAGUACAUACCCUGGAUUGCAGCACAAAUUAUUUCCCGUUAAACAAUCCUCAGGGAUUCAAUUAUGCAAUACCCAAAGUACAACUGUGAU